AUGAAGCUUUAUAGCUUUGAAGUCCUUGUAGCCAUCUUCCUCUUGUGUGAGCGGCAUGUCUUCGCUUUUCAGAGUGGCCAGGUUUUAUCAGCUCUUCCUAGAACCUCCAGGCAAGUUCAGAUUGUGCAAAAUCUUACUUCAACAUAUGAGAUUGUUCUCUGGCAGCCAGUAACAGCUGAAUUUAUUGAGAAGAAGAAAGAAGUCCAUUUUUUUGUGAACGCCUCUGAUGUAAACAACGUGAAAGCACAUUUACAUGACCAUGCAAUUCCGUUCAGCAUCCUGGUGGAAGAAGUGGAAGAUCUUAUUCAACAGCAGACUGCCAAUGACACAGUCAGCCCCCGAACCUCUUCCUCAUACUAUGAACAGUAUCACUCACUAAAUGAAAUCUAUUCUUGGAUGGAAGUUAUAACUGAGAACUAUCCCGAAAUGGUUGAAAAAAUCCACAUUGGAUCCUCAUAUGAGAAGUACCCACUUUAUGUUUUAAAGCUUUCUAGAAAAGGACAAACAGCCAAAAAUGCCAUAUGGAUUGACUGUGGAAUCCAUGCCAGAGAAUGGAUCUCUCCUGCUUUCUGCUUGUGGUUCGUAGGCUAUGUAACUCAAUUCUAUGGGAAAGAAAACCUGUACACCAGUCUUCUGACACAUAUGGAUUUCUAUGUGAUGCCAGUAGUUAACGUGGAUGGUUAUGACUUCACAUGGAAAAAGAAUCGAAUGUGGAGAAAGAACCGGUCUUUUCAUGAAAAUAAUCCUUGCAUCGGAACGGACCUGAACAGGAAUUUUGCUUCCAAACACUGGUGUGAGGAAGGUGCAUCAAGUUUCUCGUGCUCGGAAACCUACUGCGGCCUUUACCCUGAGUCAGAACCAGAAGUGAAUGCAAUGGCUAAUUUCUUGAGAAAAAACAUCAACCACAUUAAGGCUUACAUCAGUAUGCAUUCAUAUUCCCAGCAGAUACUCUUUCCAUAUUCCUAUAAUAGAAGCAAAAGCAAAGACCAUGAGGAACUGUCUCUAGUGGCCAGUGAAGCAGCCCGUGCUAUAGAGAAUACUAAUAGAAAUAUCAGAUAUACACACGGCAGUGGUUCGGAAAGUUUGUACCUAGCUCCUGGAGGUUCAGAUGACUGGAUCUAUGACCUGGGCAUAAAAUAUUCGUUUACAAUUGAACUUCGAGAUAAAGGCAGAUAUGGAUUCUUGCUGCCAGAGCGUUACAUCAAACCCACUUGUACGGAAGCUCUUGCUGCUAUCUCUAAAAUAGUGGGGCAUGUCAUCAACAAUGUUUAAUACCCUUGAUUUUUCCAUUCUUCUCCCAUAUUUUAAUUUACUGGUUCCAAAAAGACAAAAUCAUUGUACCAA